ACUGACGACAUGGUGCAGAAGGUCGCUAACUACACCGAACUGUUGAGGGAACAAGGCAGAGGAGCUUACAACGACGCCAAGAACAUCCUUAGCAAACUCACAGCUGACGCCAAGACUGCCAUCGAAAGCACUCUUCAACAAUUACAGGGCAUUAGAGAGAACUUCUAUAAAGCAUUUAAAUCUAUGUUUGACAACUUUUUCGGGUUUUUCAAGGGAAUUUUCGGAAAGCGAGCGACUAGAGCCCUCUGGGCUAAAUUUGUGGACAGCUUGCAGUCAGUAUUUGCAAAGUUCAAGGGUAAAUACGAAGACCUUGCUGCCUUCGUCAAAGAAAAACUUGGGGAUGGAGUGGAGGAAGCCAGAGGACACUUGGAGAACGUCAAGCUCAUGACAAAGACCGUUCUUGACAAUGCUCAAGAAGCUGGAGAAGCCAAGUUGAAGGAGCUGCAGGAGGUGGUUAAAGCCUACAAGAAUGAUCUGGGCGAUUUGUGGGGCCAGUUGGAAACUGCUAUUAAGAACAUAGGCUAA